AUGCUUGCGGGAUUAACACUUUAUUUCGUACUAUUCCGUUCAAUACAGUACCUGCUGGUGUUUUUGACUCCAAUUAGGCAGUUCGAUACAUCAACAUUACUUUUAUUGAAUGAACUUUGUUCUUCUCCUUCUGAGAUCAACAAUUACUGGAACAAAUAUUUCUGGAAUAAGCUGCUAUCAUGGGAUACUGUCUUCUUUAUAAAAAACAUGACUUCCGAAAAUGGUAAGCCCCAAUUUGAACAUGAAUAUGCGUUUUCUCAACUGUGGCCUUCCCUCGUAAGAUUUUUUGUCAAGAACAAUAACAAAAACGUCUACCAUGUGUUGAAAGUUGCAGUCGCAAUCGAAAACGUUCUGUUUUACUUAUCUGGUGUUGUUUUAUAUUUUUUAACCAAGAAAAUGUUCAGUCAGAAUAUAAAGCAAUCACAAUUUUCCAGAAGUAUAGCUAGAAAGACAUCUCUGUUAUUCUUCUUAACUAGCGCUGCUGGAUUUUUAACAAGCAUAUAUUCUGAACCGCUAUCAUUUUUCUUGACUUUUGUUGGAAUUUGGAGCCGUGAAUGCUCCAUUUCUAUACCUGUAUUAGGUAGAUUCGAUAUUCCAUGGAGAUAUUGGUUUUCUUAUUCUUUUAUCAGUAUGACUUGCUUCACUUUAGCAUCCCUGAAUCGUUCGAACUGUGUUCUACUUGGGAUUUAUUUUGUGUUUGAUCUUAUUGAACUAAUAAAGAACCGGAAAUUAGUAAAAGCAAUUUGUUUUCCCUUAUUAUCAGGAUCUUUAAUGCUUUCCGCUCUACUAUAUCAGCAAUAUUACCUGCCAUAUAAGACAUUCUGCCCCCAAAGAGGUGAAUGGUGUAAAUCUGAAUUGUUACCAAACUUUUUUGUUACCAAAACUUCUCUGUAUUCCUAUGUUCAGGGUCAUUAUUGGGGAGUUGGAUUCAUGAAAUACUGGACACUAAAUAAUAUUCCAAAUUUUUUGCUUGCUGUACCAAACAUUAUUAUCCUAAUUUAUUCCUCCGUAUAUUUUAGCGAGAUUUACCCCUUCCAUAAUUUGAAGGCUCUCGUAUGGAUUGCCAGAGCAUUAAUCGUCAUAGUAUGUUUCUUUGCCCACGUUCAAAUUCUAAAUCGUAUAGCCUCCUUUUUACCACUACAUCUUUGGUAUUUGGCUGAUAGAUUGGUCAAAACAUCAGAUCAAAAAAAAAUGGAGAAUCCGAAGGGUGAUGACAGAAUAGUCAAGUUUUACAUAUACUGGUUGGUAUUUUGGAUACCCUUACAAACUGUCCUGUUUGCUGCAUUUUUGCCACCUGCCUGA